UGGUGCCGAUGUCAAUGGUGGAAGUGCAAAAGUGUAGAAGAACUUAAAAGCGAGGGUGGUUUUUUUAGUGGAAAAAGUGGAGCGCACAAAGUAGAAUUUUAUGCAGUUGUUUAAUUUUCGUAAUUUUUUCAGUUAGUGGUGUUUAUUUGUAAUUUGCUUUGAGUUUAAACAAUUUUAUAGUUGCUAUUGCUCCAAUUCUAUUACUUGUCGCUGCUAUUGCCGCUGUUGGUGUUGUUACCACAUAACGUAUUUUUUGCAUAUACGGCAAAAAGGAAGAGCUUUUAACAAACAAUCUUCACCAAAAUGAUAAAAUUAAGAAAUUUAUCGAACGUUAUCAAUAACACAGCAGUACGUUCCAUAGCUACCUCAGCACCACUCAACGAAGUUGAUUCAUGGUUUUCCAAGUUGUUGGUGCGUAAAAUAGAGCCAACUAAAGAGUCACAUAGUCGUAUGCUUAGUGAUAAGGAAAUCAUUUAUGCCUUGCAUACACACAAUGUACGUCCCGGUUUUAUGGAUGAUUAUUUGAAAAAUUAUAAAACCUCUGUGCAAUUAGUGAAUGACAAAAAAGCGAAUUUGUCAUGCAACUUGGUCGCUUCUUGGACCGUUCAUGUUGGUGAUAUGGAUCAGUGUUUGCAUUUAUGGAAAUACACUGGCGGUUUUGAAAAAAUCGACCUCGCCAAGGAAGAUUUGUGGCAUGAUGAGGAGUACAUGAGUUUAAUGAACGAGCGCAUAAAAUACCUACGUUCGCGCCAUUUACAAUACUUGCUGGCCUUCAGUUACUGGCCGAAAAUUGAAUUUCGUCCAGGCAAACAUAUCUACGAAAUGCGUUCAUAUCGUUUAAAACCCGGUACUAUGAUUGAAUGGGGCAAUAACUGGGCGCGUGCCAUUAACUUCCGUAAACAUAACAACGAAGCUUUUGCCGGUUUCUUCUCACAAGUUGGCCGACUUUACAAUGUGCAUCAUAUUUGGUGUUAUAAAUCGUUAUUGGAUCGCAAAGAGACCCGCGAAGCCGCUUGGCGCUCUCCCGGUUGGGAUGAAUGUGUAGCCUACACUGUGCCACUCAUCAAAGAUAUGCAUACACGCAUUUUAGCUCCUACUGAGUUCUCGCCUACACAGUAGAGCAAACGUACACAUAUACGCAUAUUCAUACAGUUAGCAAACUUUUGUUGUUAGCUACUUUAUUUUCUAAGCAUUAUUCCUUUUCAUGAGCUAUAUAUCUACAUAUAUAUACUCAUUUAAACAAAUGCUGUCCGCAUAUUUGUCGUGAACAUAAAACGCACAACGUUGCUUUAAUAAUGCUAACUACCGCUUCCUAUAUACAUAUUUGCUAAAAUUUAAUAGAAUAUUUUGAAACAUUUCGAAUUAAUUAUAUAAUGCACCCUUUGCUAAGUUCACAGUCUUUGAAUUGUCUAUCUAUAUAUUUUAUUAUAUAUAAAUAUAUGUACAAUUGUUGAGCAUACUUAGGUUAUAAUUUGUAAAAUGUAAAAAAAAAACUAUGUAAUUCAUACGAAUUUUUAUGAUGAAUACUUGUGUAUAACUCGUUGCUAAGUAAAUGAAAAUUGUUAUUAUCAUAGUGUAAUGAUACAAAAUGUGCUAGGUAGCAAUAACAUUUGUUUUCAGUUCGCGCAGAUUUGAGAGCUAAACACUAAUUUUUUUUUUGCAUUCUGCGGCUUUUCAAAAAUGAUAAUACAACAAACUUCAAAUGUGCGUACAUCAAACUGGCAGGCACACUUUGCAUUAUCACACUAUGGUUAUUAUGAAAUAAAAGAAAUUGUUAUAAAAUAAAGUGUAAUAUUGAAAAAGUA